UGUUGAGUAUGAAUGUGUGUGUUGAAUUUCUUGAAUUGGUUGAAGAUUUGGUGGUUGGCAGCAUCGUGGCAAAUGAUGAGUAGUGACGCUGGAGUUGUUGAGUAAUUGAGUUUGUGUGAUGGGUAUCAUUUCAAGUAAGGGAGUGCCAGUGGAGAAUGACAUCGAGUAGUAGCAAGGCUGAAGACCCGUGGAAAUGGAACGUGGCGAUGGUGGAGAAGUUUUCGCAGGCGCAAACCGAUUAUGCAGAUGAGGGGGAAGCCUUGUUUGACCUGGGCACUGACCGUGAAGUUGUGGUUGGAGAUUUGGACUGCAAUAAUGAGGGGGCGUCGGUUGGAUAUAUAGAUAUGGGUGGGCUUAGAUCAGAAGACGUUCUUCUAAUGGAAUUUAACACGCCUGAGGAGGCAAGAGGUUUCUAUAAUAAGUAUAGCUGCAUUAAGGGGUUUGCAACAAGACAAGGAAAGAAGGUAAGAAAUAUUGUCGGAGACAUUGUUAGGUAUACUUUUGUCUGCAACAGAGAAGGGUUCAAAGAGAAGAAAUGGUUGGAGAAUACUGAUAGAAAGAGGGAGCAUAAAGUGGUAACUCGUUGUGGUUGUAUGGCCGAGAUGAGGAUUAAGAGGAAAGACGGUAGUGGAAAGUGGUAUGUCUUGCUAUUUAUCGAUGAGCACAACCAUGAGCUUCUGCCGGGAAAGUUUGUUGAUUUCUUGAGAUCACAAGAAAAUUUCAGAGGUUGA